AUGGUUCAAAUCAUCCUCUCCAUGUUAAACAGAGAGAGGGGUAGAAACGAGCCACUAGAUCCUCAGCCUCGUGCGGGGUUGGAUUUGGAGGUUACCUUUUACUUUAUUUACCCUUUCACUUUUUUCUCACCGGAAGGGGUCGUGGUAACUACUAGGGCUCCUUCCUCCCUGAAUCUUCCUUUCCUUCUAGAAAGAAGUAAGGAAAGAAAGAAAGAAAGAAAGGAAGAAUAA